AUGGCUAAUCUUGUGAGGACCUUGCGCAGCCCCUUUCUACAACAAUGCCGUCGUCUAUUCUAUAGCACCGCUGGUAGCGCCAAUUCCGACUUGCGGGGGCACAUUCUUUAUGAUAUCAAGGCCUCCAUGAAGAACCGCGACACAGUCGCCUCCACCACCUUACGGUCAGUCCUAUCGGAGAUAAAUUCUGCAGAGAAAUCGUCAAAGGAUGGGAAUUUGUCCUCGUCGGCCAUGACUAUGAUCAUUCGUAAAGCUGUGCAGCGACGGGUUGAAGCAGCUUCUGCCUUCCAUGAUGGAAAACGACCAGACCUCGCAGCCAAAGAGGAGAAGGAAGUAGAACUCUUAUCUAAAUUUCUGCCCCCUCUUCUGUCUGUUGAGGACAUUGACAUGUACCUGAAGGCCGCCAUGCAAGGGCUACCAGCAGGAAGCGACCCCAAAAGAUCACUAGGGCUUGCCCUCAAAGAGUUCUAUUCCAACGUAGACAAGUCAUCCGUGGAGGUCCACAUUGUCAAGGAGAGAGCACAGAUUCUUCUCCAGUUGAAUGCAUCAUAG